UAUGACUUCGAACUGUCAGAUCAAGGAAUGCCCAACCAUCAGUUGCUCGUCCAUCCUGAGCGACGCUGAUCCCGGGGAGGUGGCGAAAAUUUUCAUCGAAACCACUUUCAAGAUGACUUGCUCGAGAUCAGAAUCAGUGAAGCUGUCAUUCGUCGGCUGCAAAUUCCCAUCUAACACGCUUCGAAGCAAUUGGCUGAGCACCAACGCGUCGAUAGAAGAGCUGACACUGGACAGAUGUUCCCUGAGCGAAAUAGAAGACGAAGCGUUCGACCGACCCAUUUUCAAGGAAACCAAAAAAAUCAUCUUGGUGAGAAACCAACUCUCCUCUUUGCGAAAAGCAAUGUUUCGUAAAGUAAACGCAUUGGAGGAAUUCACAAUGCGAAAGAACAUCAUCAAGUAUGCGGAAUUAAAUUUAUUAGAGCACGUAGCUAGCACUCUAACCAUCCUCGAGCUGUCCGAAGUCAUCGACGACUAUCAAAUACUGCGAAACAUAACGGGUGGAACUACACCUCUGAAAAUUCAGAUUCUAUCGUUACGAGGAAACGCUAUAACCGUGAUUAAUCGAGAAUUGUUUGAAGGAAUCACACAAGUGGAAUCUCUCUACCUAGACAACUCUAAAGUAGAGUAUCUCUCCCAGGAUGCACUGCAACCGAUGGCAACUUCCAUAUCGCAAUUGAUAAUAAACAACAACAACAUUCGAUCAUUUCCAGAGGGGCUCUUCGACUCGGUCCUAUAUCUCCAGAAACCUUUUCGCGUGACGAUACAGAACAAUCCCUGGAACUGCGAUUGCAGCAUGCAAUGGAUGCGAAAUCUUAUUCAGACCUACCCUCAAGUAGUAACCAGCGUACCAGUUUGCAGCACACCGAAAGAGAACUCUGGGAAAUCAUUCAACGUAGCAACGUUUUGUCCAACAGAUACUACCAGCACAGCACGCGACUGUGACCAGUCCACAGUCGAAGUCCCCGAGACCAGCGAGUUACUAGAAUUAGAGGACAUCGAAUUGAACUGUACCGUCCCAAAAACAAUCCUCCAGAUGAGCGACUCCCGCAGGGUUUUAUCGACGGAUGUCCAUUUUCCUCCCCGUUUACACGACUUCUACGUUCUGAAGACCGAGGACCAGAGCCUGCUGAUCAACCUCCCCGACCUGGAGGAGGGAGUCAUGUUGCUCUGGUUCGACAACGAUGACGUCGACAGGUCGCUCAACUGUGCAAAAAACGUCAAGCACUCUUAUCUGCUGCAGGGUAUCGAUCCGCAGACAACGUACACGAUAUGUUUGCUCAACGAUAACGAUACUUCCUUCGUGUCCCCGUUGAACUGCUUGGCCGUGACCACGAACCCGACGUACGAGGCCUCGACUUGGUUGACGAACGCUGACAAAAGCGCCGUCUUCCUGUCGUUAACCGUGUCUUUGCUCCUGAUGCUCGCCAUCGGCGCGUUCAUCGCUUUCGUGCUCAUCUGGAGGAACCCCUCGUUGCUGCGCGGGAGCAAACGGGUGAUGCUGGUGAAACGCAGGAACGUGGACGCCAUUGUUCUGCCUAAAGGGGUCAACGUCGACGAGGAGAAACGCGUGAACGGAAACGUGGCGUAUGUCAGCAACAAGAUGUAUGAGGAUGGUUACAUCACCCCUCUGCCACCGAGACCUAUACCUCCUCGCAGAGAACGGGUGUCCAGGGUUAGUCUGCAGAGCGAUUGGAACAGUUACGUGUCCGAUUUCGAACAUUCGGAGCUAUUGGACUCCUGGAAGACCGUGAGAUUGAACAGCGAGACAGAGAGACAGAAAUGCGACGCUCCAGCCGUGCCACCCCAUCCCUUCAUUCCGUCGGUGUCCAUGACGGUUGCCUCGACGGAUGACAAUUUCGUGUACCGAGCCACUGUAUAAGAUUUUUUUAAACGUUCUCGGAAUUGUGUCUUGCAUUUGUAGUUACAUUGGGGUGCUGUUUUAUUUUUGUUUGUUCGAAAGUUAUAUUCAGGAUUUUGCAGCAAAGUAAUCGUCAGCAUCUUUUGAAAUUUGGUAGGAUUAUUUAUGAAUAUGUAUACUAGAUUUUGUUAAUUUUACAACUGAAGUUUCGUGUUUAAUCAGCUUAACUGAUCAGCCUAAAGUUUGAUAUACUUUGAUAGAAAUAUUAGGUCGUCCUAAUAGUUUAUGCCACUUCUACGUUUGCUACUGAAAUUAAUAUGUGAAACAUACUCUUAAGUGUUAUAGAGAAAGGUAAUCUCUCUCGUUUUAGAAUAUUUUCUCAACUUUCUGACGUUGUCAUUAUACCGUCACUAUAAAAUUUCUGUAGUUUUUUUUAUUAAAUAUUGAUACGGUCUUCAGCACGAACUUAUGGGAUGACCCAAUAUUUUAAAGACACUAAACAUCAAAAAUAUAAAAGGAAGUCCAUUUUUCAACCCAAAAUAAAAGAGUACCCCCUUAACGACUAUGUUUUGCUUAGAAAAACUGUAGAUGUCGUAAAUACACCUGGGUUAGGUCUCGAGAGACGAUAAUUCCGUGUACCAAGCCGCUGGAGUAUAAGAUUCCCUCGAAUUCCCUCAAACUUGCGGUUCCCGUUUCUAGGUACUUUUAACGACCAUGUUGAGAGUUUCGUUUAGUAAAAUAGUAGGUGUCGUAAAUAUACCUGGAUGCAAAUUCAGUCAUAGUUUAUUUAUACACCUGAUCUCGUUCAGUUCGCAACCAGUAUCUUUCAUGAUAAGUGAACGACGGCUACGAAACUGUUUAUAACAAACUGCGCGCGGCUCGUCGUACAUUUUGCAACGUGGAAAAUAAAUAAUCCUUGUCUCAUCGGCCUAAAUCUUGAAUAAUCUGGCCGACGGCCCGAAGGCGCGAGUGUCAAUGUCAGUUUCGGUGGUCUAGUAUAACGCGAAAGUCUGGGGAAAAAAAGUAAAUAAACAGAAAUAAACAUUUUCAGCCGAGGUGAUCAGUUUCGCACAACCCUUCCAGUUUCCAGGUACCACUCAUACCUCGGCAGUAGCGAAAAGGAUCGAUUUAAUCUUCAUUGUAAUUCUAAUAUACAGUCAGUCCCAGAAGUAUUCGUACCCUGUAUAUCUAUUGGAGUAGUUUGCCUAAAUUAAGCGAUAGAUUUGACGUUUUCAAAUAAAUGUUCCAUUAUGGAUAUGUACAUGAACAGGUUUUACACAUGUACAUAUUAAUAAUAAAAAUUUAUUUGAAAACAUCAAACUUGACAUUUAAUUUAGACAAAUUUCUUGAAUAGAUACAGAGGGUACGAAUUCUUUCGGGACUGACUGUAUAUCAUAAAUUGUACCAGUAAUAGUAAAAAUAUAAACACGUAAAAUUAUACUGCAACAGCAUCUUUCUGUAACCUUCAAUUCGCUGGUCGAAGAUUACACCAAACUCGCCUAUAUUUACCAAACAUAAACACGAAACGAACUAUACAAAUUCUUCCUCCAUCCUUGUAUAACUCAACUAUUCCAAAUAUUCGGCACUAAAUCAUGCUUCUCUCCAAUAACAGAUCAAUUAUCGAGCGUGACUUAAACGCUCGGUACGCUUUGAGCAACUCUACCCUGCCAAGAUGCUCGAGAAUAUCAGUACUCGCACCUAAAUUUGCGCUUCCCAAGCUGAACUAGCAAAGAUUCGGCCGACGAUCGGCGGCGUAUUUCUGGCGAGUUCGCAAGCGUCGAUAUAUCGACUCGGGCAUCGAAGGGGUUAAUAUAAUGGAAUCACGUGUGGUAACGAAAGCGGGUACGAGACUAACGUUGAUUGUUAUCACUGGCCAGUUCGCCCACCGGCGUUUAUUUUUAAUGAUUAGGUCAGUGGUUCGGCUCUAACGUCGAAGCUCCAUCUGAUUGGCUAAGGAGGUCACUCAGCUCCGACGUAUCGUCCUCACCGGUGGCUGCCAGCCGAGCAGUUUUUGCACGUACCGGCGACUGGCAAACCACUGCAAUUCUCUAAAAGGACGCAAUGCCAAUAUCAAACUGCUGUACUGUUGGACCAAGCCGCAAUCAGUAUAACCGUUUUCACGCUCGGCACCGCCGCGUGCAGUGGAAAUGACCGGCUAUACGCAGAAGGCGCGUCACUGGCUUUCUACGGACGCUGCCAAUCGCAGUUCCGGAUUUGCGUGAGCUUGACAUUGCGGGAUGAUGUAACCCCUUCCCUCGACGUAACGCGUUCCCGUUUCCCACUUUCUUGCAAAGCGAUCUACCGAUCUCUCAGCGAGGCAUGAUGCAAUUAUCAUUCCAUAUUGGUUUUCGCGUUCUUCGCUUCUGCUCAGGGACGGCUCGGGCUUUAGGGGCGCUUAGCCGUCUGGAGCAGAGAUUAAUUUCUGGCAAUUUGUUCAAUUUGAAGCGCGAGCUUCCUAAGGCUACAUCGCGAUUAAUGAUAGAUUAAUUUUAUGUAUAUUUUCUGAGGGGAAGUAUAGUCAGUCCUAUAAGUGUUCGUGUCCUCUACGUCUAUCGAAGAAAUUUGUCGAAAUUGUAUAAUAAGUUUGAUGUUUCCAAACAAAUGUUUUAUUAUAAAUAUCCACACGAAUAAACACAUAUGUAUAUAUUUGUAAUGAAAAAUUUAUUUCGAGUUAUUUAUUUUAUGGGGGUAAUUGUAAAUUCAGGUACCUGAUUCGAGAGCAAUCUGUGAAAUAUCUAAAGAGUAAAGUGAUGAAUGAAUAAAUAAACUAAUCUCCAUAACAAUUUAACUCCAUAACUCGAAGAGCUUCUCACAGGAACUGACGAACCUUUAGCUUCCGAGUGCCAAGGGUUGAAAUAACGAUCACAAAUGUUAUUUAUUUAUUUAUGCAGGAUCAUGUCCUACCGCACAUACUCGCAGGAGCAACUAAAAUAAUCGCUCAACGUUCUAAAUAAAAAUUCACCGGAGUAAGAAGUGACAAUAAAAGAUA